CCGAUUAAUAUUAUUGCGUCACCGCCUUUACCUUCAACAACAGCCUACACGAACCGCGAUCCAUAUUCGCAGAGCGCUUCGGCACGCACCGCUACGUGUCAAUACAAAGAACCUUGUCAGAAUAUGGUGACUAUCAGAAGGCGGUCAUGACUGAAAGCACGCAACAGGAGCUGGACCAAUCUCGUUUGCAGCCACAAAGCGUCCAGCCCUCAACAGCGUUAACAGACCCGGGAUCUGCUGCGCCGAAUUCAGGACGAGGAAACGCAGAAAAGCGAACCUCGGAGACUCAGAAGCCGGAAACUGAUACAACAUCCGACAAAGCGACCGCAGCUUUUAUUCGGCGAACCCUUUGCGCUCACAACGUUCUACUUGGGAACGGCGAGAAGGGCGGGACUGCGCCUCGCCCAAUCGAUGAGCUCCUUCCACCAUUGACAAGCUCAAACGAGGUCGAUCUCCAACUGUACGGUAUCAUCUCGGUAAUCAUUAAAGAGUUUGUGCAGACAUGGUACUCGAAGAUCACGCCAGACCAUGUAUUUGUCAACGAAGUCAUCCAGGUCAUUGCGCACUGUACGAGAGCACUUGAGCAACGUCUGAGAAAGGUCGAUCUAGAAGGUCUUCUGCUGGACGAAAUCCCGGGGCUUUUGGAAGAGCAUCUGAUCGCAUUUCGCCUCGCAAAGCGGCAAGCCUCGUCUCCACAAUCACUAGUGUCAGAUCCACGUCUCAUCUACCACACGCUAUACCCACACCCUGCUUUAUCUCCUGUCCCGGUCGAUGCUGUGCCGUCGACAUAUGUCGAGCAGCGGGAGAGCGAGUCCGCCUGGCGCCAGCUUAUUAUCCAGGGGGUCUUGGCUGUAUUGCUUCCCACCGAUGAUCUCAAGAACGGAUGCCUAAGAUCCCUAGUGGCGGAGAUCUUUGCAGAGAUGAUAUUAGGAAGCGGUAUUAGCGGGAAAACCUGUGAAGGGUGGCUCUUAUGGGAAGCCAUUGGAAGGAUUGCAGAUAUUCUCCAGACUGAUCCUGACCAUGAUGACGUUCAUUCAUCAGACGACGGAGCCUCAGUCGAGGACUUGAGUCGUCUGGAACGCUUCGGGCUAUUGCCAUCACAAGCCGAAGAGCAAAGUGAUUCGAACAGCGCGCCAGUCGCUGAUGCGAAACGUUACGAGUCCGCAUGCAUGUCUGCUUCGGGCUUGUUCUGGAUGGCCAUCCAAUGCGCAUUUCUGGCGUUUACUGCGCUGCGCGCAUUCGUUCUAACUAUAGUCACAGCAUCAUCUUUGCCUUCAAGGUCUUUGGCAGACGGGCCAAUAUCGAUGGAAGAGAGCCACCAGUCACUCUCGUCAGAGAUGGAGUCUCAGGCCUCAACGCUUUUACUGGAUGUUAAACGGCCUAUCGUGAGCAUGAAGCUGUGGAGCUGCGCAGCGCAAUUUGUGGAGUUGGACGUCCGCAUGCCUUGGCUGACCGGCUUCGUCUCGAUGUUGCACUGUGGAGCGUUGUUCGGCCCAGGAAGGGUGGGUGACACUGACGGUGUAUUGGACAGGUGAGUUGCGAUAAAUUUCUUCCUUGAUACCAUGGUUGGCCAGCAGCAUCUGCAUCCAAGCCCAGUGCAACACAACGUGCAGAAAGGGCCGCAUUCGAUUUUGGUCACUUGACUUCGCCUCAGCGAAUGCGACGGCCCGCAGACCCUCACACGGUCAUACCCCGGUUUGGGGGUGCGCCGAUGUAUGCAACCCGUACCGGGCGGCAAUUCGAC